AUGACGCUCACAGCCGGCCUCCCCAACAGCCCCCUGAGCCGUUCGGCACUUCGAGGCGACACACGGCUCCAGCUCUCGGAUGAUGAUGACGACGACAAAGACGAUGGCGGCGGCCGCCGCCCUCGCGACAACCUCGACCACCACCACCACCACCACCAUGGCCGCUCCGCACCCUCCAAGCUAUCUCCACGCUUGCCCAGCAGCCCUCCGUCGCGCUUCAGUGGAACCCCACGCAACGUCAGCGGUCCACCCUCUUUUCCCCUCCGGCACAGCCCGCUCUGGUCUCCCGACAUGUUCUGCCCCUCGUCGCCGCCCGCACCUUCUUCGGCCUUCCACCACUCUCCCAACGCCCGCCGGCGCCUGUCGGGCCAGAGCUUUAUCGGCUACAGCCCCACCCCUACUUUUGGCAGCCUCAUCGGCUCCUACGAGGAGUCGCUGCUGCGCGGCAGGAUGUCGAUGCCCGCCUCAAAGCCCCUCACCUUUGACGCAGAGCUCGGCGUCCUCGGCCUCGGAAAGUGCCGCCCAGCCCUCCGCUGCCCCCCUCACCUCAACCUCCAAUUCCCCGCGCACUUCUACGACCUCAAGCAGUCUAGCGCCCUCAAUGCUCCGGACACGGACGCUUCCAGUGCCCUCGGCAGCCCCUACGUCGGCACCGUCGAUCUCGAGUCGCACUACUACGCCCAGCUGCUUCCCCACGGCACAGGAGCGCAGCAGGCUGCCGACGCAGCAGCGCCAUGGAGCGUCGGCGUGGCAGACCCGGCCGCCGCCGCGGGCGACCUCGCCUCGUUCCCCGGCUACCGGAUACCGCCCAAAGGCCAGAUCCAGCUCGUCAUCAAGAACCAGAACCUCACCGCCGUCAAGCUCUUUCUCGUCCCCUACGACCUCACCGACAUGCCCGCGGGCACCAAGACCUUUAUCCGGCAGAAGAGCAUGGUCGUCGUGCCGCUGCCCGGCACCGAGGCAACGCCAGCGGCGGCUGGUCCCCGCACGCCAAGCCACAUCCCUAGCCGCGACUCGCCAGCGCCGACUCCGACCACCCUGGCCAGCUCGCAGACCAGCAAGCCGCCAGCCACGCCCAAGGACAAGCUCCGCUACGCUGUCCACCUGCAGUUCUGCUCGCCGCCAGUGCCGCCUCCAAAGCAGCGCAAGGCGGACCCAGGCUUCGAGGGCCGAGACCGAAUCGGCGAGCUCGGACCUGCCCAGAAGGCCUCGGACACGUCGAAGCCGGCACCCCAGCCGAAGAUCUACCUGCACAAGUCGAUCCGGGUCGUCUUUGCAGCCCGCACGCCGGACAAGUCGGAGAAGCUCAACGUCGUCACCGAGACGCCGGGCACGGGCGAGCAGAGGUACACCUCGUACGCGGGGCCGUCGGACGAGUGGAAGCAGGCGCUGCGAUCGGCGCGAGCAUCGGCCAAGCGGGCGCAGAGCGAGGCCGCGCGGUCGCACUCGGACGUUCACGCGCGACACCUCGGAUUGGGCCUGGGUCUGGGCGGCGGCGAGCAAGACGGCAGGCCAACGGAAGGCGACGCGGUCGCUCAGGAUUAUGCGGCCAUGCCGACCGACAUCCCGCCUUACGAGCCCAACUCGGACCCCAACGGAGAGCGCUGGGAGGGGCCGAGCUCCUUCAGCACCGACGUCGACGGUGUCGCCAUCGUGCGACCCGUGUCGCGAGCCGAGACGGCCGAGGCGCUGGCGGCAUCUUCGCUCGCGUCGCCGUGGCCCUCGAGCGCCUCGUCGAGCAGCGGUUUUGAUGCGCGGAUCGCACAGUCGACGGCAGUGGCGGUCGAUUCGCCGAGCACGGUGGUCGCCGACGACGCUCCAAUCCGCCGCUUCGCGCACCCGAACCGUCGUCCUGCGCCGCUCGAGACGCGAUCGAGGAGCGGGACACCGACCUCGGCGCGCGCUCCCGGAAUGGCGCGGCGGAGCAGCGCGGUGAGCAACUCGUCGGUCUCGACGACGUCGACGAGCGGCAGCGGCGCGCGGGCGCGGGCUCCGCUUUCGUCGCCCACGAGCACCACGUCGACGGCGUCGUCCGAGGACGACCAGGCGCUGCUCGACGCGUGGCACCAGACGUGGCGGCGGCUGCCGAGCGUCCACGGCGGCUUCCGGCCCGCCUCGCCCGUGUCGGGUCGCUCGACGCCCACCGCAUCGCGACCGCUCUCGCCGGCGUACGAGAGGCACCUCACUUUGAGCGCUGCCAGCACCGCCGCCGCCGCCGCAGCAGCAGCAACAGGAGCAACCGCAGCGACAGCAACAGCCACAACGGCAUUGCCUGCGACGGCGGCCACGAGCCUGGGCCUGCGCGCCGCGUCGCCCAUCGCCCGUAUGCGCUCGCCGCCCAUCAGCGAGUUGGCGGGCCCGCAGCUGCAGAGCAUCUCGGUGCAGGCGGACUCCGACGUCGACCACGAGGCGGGCGCGAGCGGGCGGCGUCCGACCAGCAGCGGCGGCGGCGGCAGCGGCAGCGCGGUGGCGACGAAUGCCACGACGGCGAGGCCGACGCUGCUUCGCAAGCUGUCGGAGCAGUUUGCGGGACAGCUCCACCUCGGCCCGCACUCGCAGGCGCAGCGAGAGGUGUCCCGUCUUCGCCAAGAGGUGGCCCUCAACGGAGCAGCAGAUGGCACCGACGCUGGUAGCAGCACGGGAGGCGGCCAUGCCACCAGCAACGACGACGCGGCUAUCCGCUAG